UCUAUAUGUACCCUUCCGAAUACGGAGCUCGAAAACAUCACUGGUACGCGGAUUCCUUAAUGACAUGAACCGCCAAAGUCUUUGGUCGUUGAAGAUUUGCCGUGUAUUUUACAGAUUUGCUGUCUACUCUUAUUAAGUAUCAUGUUUGAAGGAGACAAAUUUGAAUCUUGAAUUUAUCUCAUAUGCUUCAAACCUCUCUUCUCUAUACCGUGUAUCCAAGAAAGAUGAUGAAAGUUAUGAUCUUGUGGUACCAAUUGGUCCUUUGCCUCUUCUUGCCUUUCUUGCAUUUCCCAGUUGGUAGUUCAUCAUCUUCACCUUCUUCUGCUCCAAAAUUAGCAAAAGGCUGCCCAACAGAAGAGAGUUUUGCAUUGCUCCAGUUCAAGAACUCUUUAUCCGUUGAAAGUUCUCUACUUUCUUCCCCGAGUUGUUAUGGGGCUGCUUACGCUAAGACAAAUUCCUGGAACAAUGCUACAAAUUGCUGUUCAUGGAAUGGUAUCACCUGCGAUGGCUUGACAGGCCAUGUGAUUUCUGUCGACCUUAGUUGCAGUCAGCUUUAUGGUGCCUUCCCUUCCAACAGUACCCUUUUCUUCCUUUCUCACCUUCAGAAGCUCAACCUUGCUAACAACAAUUUCUAUGACUCUCCAAUCCCAUCAGAGUUUGGCUUGUUUAAGAAAUUGACACAUCUUAAUCUCUCUCAAUCUGAAUUUUCUGGCCUGAUUCCCCAUGAUAUCUGUCGUCUUUCCAAUUUGGUUUCCCUUGAUCUCUCUAGAAAUGUACUCCAAUUUGACAGUUUUGAAAAGCUUUCCAACCUAACAAAAUUGAGAGUUUUAGAUUUAACAGGAGUGAAUAUGUCUGAAGUUGCCCCUAACUCCAUGUUGAACCUUUCUUCUUCCUUGACAUCUCUUCGACUUCGCAACUGUUUCUUGCAAGUUCAAUUGCCUGAUGAUUUUUCCAGCUUUCCAUCCCUUAUGAUGCUUGAUUUAUCAGCAAAUAAUCAAGUCACAGGUAAGUUCCCAAACUCCAACUCCACCCAUCCACUAAGGUAUAUUAAUCUCAAGCUUGUCAGUUUCUCAGGAGAAUUACCUGAUUCCCUAGGCAAUUUUAAGUUCUUAGAGUACUUAGAUCUCUCAUACAACAAUCUCUUUGGUUCAAUUCCAGCCUCAAUUGGCAACCUUCAGCAUCUCAGAUUCUUAGAUUUAGGUUUUAACAAUCUUGCAGGUGAGCUUCCAGGUAGUUUUGGUAAUCUUAGUAGUUUAGAGUUUUCAGAUCUUGGAUUCAAUCAUUUCAGUGGUCAGUUGCCAUUGUCAUUUGGCAAGCUCAACAAGUUAACUUCUCUGUACCUUAUGUCCAACAAUUUCAGUGGUCACUUGCCCUUCUCACUUGGCAACCUCAGCAUGUUAUCUGAUGUAAAACUUGACAUGAAUAGCAUCGGCGGGCCUUUGCCAUUUUCAAUAUUUAACCUGAAAAAACUUCAAACUUUGGACCUUUCAUUUAAUCAAUUUUUUGGUACCGUUCCUGAUAGAGGCUCUGGCCUUACAGAUCUGUAUGUUCUUCACAUGUCUAAUAACAAGCUCAGUGGCAAAAUACCCUCCUGGUUUUUUACUCUUCCAUCUUUAUUGGAUUUAGACAUCAGCAACAACAAACUCACUGGUCCCUUUGAACAAUUUCAACAGCCCAAUUCACUGCUGUAUGUUAUGCUGCAGAAUAAUGAGAUACAUGGACCAAUUCCGAGUUCGGUUUUUCAACUUCGAAAUCUUACCAAGCUUGAUUUUUCAUCCAACAAUUUGAGUGGCACUGUAGAUUGGGACAUGUUUCAAAAGCUUGAGAAUCUUAGAGAACUUGAUCUUUCUCAGAAUAGCAAACUGUCGUUUACGAGUAGUGGCAUUUCCAACUUUACCUUGCCCAACCUCAUGGACAUGAAUCUUUCGUCAUGUGACUUGCGUGAAUUCCCAAGUUUUCUAAGAACACUUGAGAAUUUACAAACUUUAGAUCUUUCAAACAACAGAAUUUCUGGAAAAAUUUCCAAACAAGACUCUGAAGUAUGGCAAAGUUUGCUUUUUCUUGAUCUUUCUCACAAUUUCCUCACAAAUGUAGAGCAUCAUCCAUGGAAUAAUAUUCGCACCCUCAACUUACGUUUCAAUUUGCUCCAAGGACCAUUUCCAACACCACCACCUUCCAUUGAGGUUUUAACCGUUUCAAACAACAAGUUGAGCGGUGAGAUUCCUUCCCUGUUCUGCAAUCUCAGUUCACUGUCAUUUCUUGAUAUGUCUGAUAAUAGCUUGGGUGGAGUGAUCCCAAAAUGUCUAGGAAACUCUAGCCAAUAUCUCUUGGUUUUGGAUCUACGCAAUAACAACUUUCAUGGUAGCAUCCCAAGAAACUUCGCCAAGGACAAUAGAUUAAAAUACCUUAACCUCAAUGGUAACCAAUUCAAAGAUCCUUUACCAUAAUCUCUAGUCAAUUGCAGAGAGUUGGAAGUCCUAGAUGUAGGGAACAACAAAAUAAAUGACACCUUCCCUCACUGGUUAGAAUCUCUUCAAGAGUUACGUAUUCUCAUCUUAAGAUCUAAUAGCUUCCAUGGAACCAUAGGGCACCCCAAGAAUAAUUUUCCUUUCCCUAAGCUACAAAUUCUUGAUCUCUCCCAUAAUGGGUUCACCGGACGCUUACCAACAAGUUACCUGCAAAAUCUGAAAUCUUUAAUGAAUGUGGAUAAAGCUGAAGCAAAAUAUGUGGGAGAGAGUUACUAUUACAUUCAAGAUUCUUUGGUUGUUGAUUUGACAAUGAAAGGAUUAGAGAUUGAACUGAAGAAAAUCCUUACCAUUUUCACAACUAUUGAUUUUUCAAGCAAUCGAUUUCAAGGAGAAAUUCUGCAAGAGGUUGGCAUGUUAAAAUCCCUUGUGGUGCUCAACUUUUCUCACAAUGAUCUAACUGGUUAUAUUCCAUCUGCAUUUGGAAAUUUGACAGAAGUUGAAUCAUUAGACCUCUCCUCUAACAGGCUCGUUGGGGAAAUUCCUCAGCAACUUGCUGUGCUGACAUUUCUUGUUGUGUUUAAUGUUUCAUAUAACCAGCUCAACGGACCCAUCCCAAAAGGCAACCAGUUUAAUACAUUUGCAAACGAUUCCUACGUUGGAAACUUGGGAUUGUGUGGAUUUCCAUUACCACAGAAAUGCAACAGUGGUGAUCAGCCACCCCAAUUUCCUUCACAAAGACCUGAUGAAGAACAAGAUUCUACAGAGUGGUUUGAUUGGAAAAUUGCAUUGAUGGGGUAUGGAUGUGGGGUGGUGUUUGGUUUGUCAAUGGGAUACAUUGUUUUUGCAACAAGGAAACCACAGUGGCUUUUGAGGCUGAUUGAUGGAAUAGAAUACAAGAAUUUGAGAAGACGAAAUCAAAGACGCAGAGGAAGAAGAAAUCAUUAAUUGCAGGUAGUUGGUUGCCUCUGUGAUGGAAUAAUUUUGCUAGUGUAUGGGUUUGGCUCCUCCUGUAGAACUGUUUUCAAAUAUAUAUAUUUUCUUGCAUUUUUUA